CCGGAAGUAAACAAAAGCGCAGGAGCGAGUUGGUCUGGACUAGAGGGAGAUCCUGGUUCUGAUCCCGGUCCUGGUCCCAGUACAGUCCUGAUUCUGGUCUAGACCCUGGUUCUGAUCCUGGUCCCGGUCCCCGGUCCUAGUGUAGAUCCCGGUCCGGUCCCGGUCCUAGUCUAGAUCCCGGUCCGGUCCCGGUCCUAGUGUAGAUCCCGGUCCGGUCCCGGUCCUAGUGUAGAUCCGGGUCCUCCAGGAUGCAUCAUCAUCAUGAGGACGCGGAGCGGACGUUCUCCCUGCAGGCGGAGCUGAUCCUGGGAGCAGCCGUGGAGGCCGCGGUGGCCCUGGGGAGAGGAGAGGAGGAGGAGGAGGCCCGGUUCUCCAGCGUGCUGGCCGUGAUCUCCAGGGAAGCGGCCCGUCAGAUCUGCAGCGUGUUCAGGCAGCUCUACACGGUCCUGGUUCUGGAGAACCAGGUCCUGAAGGACCAGGUCCUGGAGAACCAGCUGACCCGUCUGGAGAACCCAGUAAAGACCAGGACCAGAACCCUGAAGGUCCAGGUGACCCGUCUGGAGAACCAGUCCAAACCCAGGACCAGGGCGGCCCUGAAGACCCAGAGGGUCCAGAACUCAGAUGGAUCAGCUCCAUCUGCUCCGGGCUCUGCUGGCUCCGCCCCCGGCUCCGCUGGCUCCGCCCCCGGCUCUGCUGGCUCCGCCCCCGGCUCUGCUGGCUCCGCCCCCGGCUCUGAGGUCACCGCCAGCCAGCCAAUCACAGAGCAGGACCCCCAGAGGGAACCAGAACCAGACCCGGACCUCCAGACCUCCUCAGAACCUGAAGCUGACGUGAAGCAGUUCUCCCUGAAUGUGACAUCACUUCCUGUCAGCAGCGAUCAGCCAAUCAGUGAGCUUCCAGGAGAAGAUGCUGCUUCACCUGGAGAGGACCAGGCUGCCGCCGGAGACGUCGCCAUGGAAACGGAAGAGGAGGAUUGUGGGAGUCAGAUCAUCGCUGACAGUCAGACAGGACUGAGCUCGGAGCAGCAGGGAGCAGCAGAAGGAGCAGGAGCGCAGCAGGAGGAGGGCAGCUCUACAAGGAGAAGAGGUUCUUCUGCUCGCUGUGCCAGAAGGGAUUCCACCAGAAGCACCAGCUCUCCAAACACUCUCUGAGCCACCAGAAGCCGUUCCCCUGCAGCUCCUGCGAUAAGGGUUUCUACCGGCAGGCGUCGCUUGCAGCGCCACCAGCUGGUGCACCGGCUGCAGGAGACGCGGGAACGGGGACCCGGACCGGCUGCUGCCCCUGCGACCGCUGCAGCCGCAAGUUCCUGCAGCCGCGGCAGCUGCGGCUGCACCAGCAGACGCACCCGGCUGCAGGACU